AUUGGGUAGAAGUGUCUGUUCCUCUUUUUGUUCUCCUCCUGAGGAGAAGCGCGAGGGAGGAUUUUCAGGGUAGGUGGCGGCAAUGACAAUCGCGACUCGCCAGGAGGGUUGCACACGGAUUCGAACCCUAGCCCUUCACACCUUUAGCCCGGGCAUUGACGUGGGUUUGUCAGAUCUGUGAAGGUGGUUAUACCCAUUUAAAAAAAAUAGAUCGUUGUACAGGAAUUUUCCUCGUUACGUUCUUCUCGACUGGUUUUCAUAUUGUGGCAGCAACAGAUUGCAACUACAGGAUUUUUUGGUCAGAUUAAAAGAUACGUUAAUAAUGGCAAGUCACAUGAAAGGAAAAACACAGCCUGUAAACUGGUCUUAUUCACCAAGGCAGUCCCAUCUUCCUCCCAAGAGUCCAUUCCCAAGCAUGGGGCCAACUUUUGUAGAGUAUGGUCCUAGUCAUUUCACGGGACAGAAAAGCUUUACACAUGCAAGCGGAGGAUAUAGACAGCAUCAACGGACUUCUUCAGAAAGUUUUCUCAUAGAAGAGCAGCCUUCCUGGCUUGAUGAUCUGCUUAAUGAACCUGAAACACCAGUCAAGAAGGGUUCUCAUCGACGUUCUGCAAGUGACUCUGCUGCUUUUUUAGAAGUUCCUAUUGCAGCUUCAAGAAUAGAAAACAUUGCAGAAGAGGAGGAGUUUGAUAUCAGCAAUUUAACAUCUCGACCUUCAUGGGGGUCUUCAAAUUUUGACAGACUUGAUAAGGAAAAUCGAGCAUCUAACUCUUAUCAGGCAAAGACAAAAAAACCGCCUAUUAGAAGCUGGGAAGCUUCUGCAAGGGAGAGUCAUAAAACUGCAAACUUGGGGACAUCAUCUCUUACACAAGAUGCUGAUAAUGAUACAAUGUGUGCAAUUUCACGGGAAGAGGCACAUGAACAUGAUGUAUAUAUUGCCACAAGUUCUGGUUUAGAGGGCAGUGACUCCUCACUUAGUAAACUAGCUGAUCUUGAUAUGGAUCCAAAGCGAGCAAAGCAGCAAUUUGCUCAGCGCUCUCGUGUUAGGAAGCUACAGUAUAUUUCUGAACUAGAAAGAAAUGUCAGUGUACUGCAGGCUGAGGAAUCAGAAGUUUCAGCUGAAGUGGCUUUUUUAAAUCAACAACGCUUAAUAUUGACACUAGAGAACCAAGCUCUUAAGCAGCGUGUAGCUGGUCUUGCUCAAGAGAAGAUGAUCAAAGAUGCUGAACAUGAACUGCUGAUGAAGGAAGUACAAAGAUUGAAACUUUUGUACCAACAGCAGCAAUUCCAGCAGCACCCUUCAUUACAGUCAAGCCCUGUACAACAAAUUCCAAGUUCUCUUGAUUUUGACUUACAGCAGUUGCCGUUCAGCAAGUUGAAUCAUGGGACUUUGAAGCAAGAGUCAAAGCCUGCUCUAGGAAGUGGUGGUUUUGGACUGGUAAAACAAAUGGGGGGACUGUCUUUGGGAGUUAACAAAAAUGAUGAGGGAAUGACUUGUAGGAAUGGAAGCUCAGAGGUUUUCAAGGGUAACAUACCUUCUGCCUGCAUGAUAGCUGGUACUGGAAAAAAGCAUGAAGGCAGAAGGUGAUAACUGAAGGUAGAUUUUUGCCUGUAGAUUAUAUGUUACAGGAAUUUUAGUUUUUGGCUUUAUAUUUUGUGAAUCCCUUAAAGCAGGUCCUGAAGUUUAGUGUCGUUUCUGCAUUUGAGAUGUGCUUUUCUAUAACCAUUUGAUGUGGAAAAGAAUAUAUAAGUAAAGCCUAAUGAUGAUUUAAUAGUCCUAUUUAUUAGCUAGAAGGGCUUUUGAGUAAAUUGGACAUGUGAAAACAAGCACUAAGUCGAGCUUCAUAUAUUUUUGUUUCAUUACCUAAAAUGGGUCUGUUGUGGAAUAUUUAGUUAUAUCAAUAUGCCCUUACAGGUUCUCGAUGUCUCAUUUUUGCAGAAUAACCCGUAUGGAGGGUGAUUGAUGUAGUCACAAAUUAUUUCCCUACAAGGAAAUUGUGUGAUUUCUAACACUGCUUACAGGUUAACUCAGAAUGCCUUCAUUCUUGGGUUACAGAAUUAUAGAUUUAACUCCUUUUACGAUUCCUGGCAUAAAAUCAGUAUCGCGUUUUGAUAUACAGACAUCAGUAGACAGAUGUUCCUGAUAUUAAAUAUCUGCUGAUAAGUUUUAAUUGUUUCAAAUCUUAGUCUAUAUGUGGCCUCCAAUUUGACAGUAGAGAUUUGUAAAGUUUUGGUGCCCUUUAAUCAUAAAAAUGGUCACCAGAAGUCGAAGUGGUGGUUAUCUGUUAAAUUGUCAUUCCUGAAUUUGUUUCUAAAACCUUAGCAGUUCACAUUUCCUUUGUAGUCUUUACCAGUAUUGCCUCUGCAGCUUACAGUUGGAUAUUUUCUCAGAAUGCCUGUCUUUCCAGGACCAAAUUUCUACUUUUAGAUUCCCAAAUUCCUGUUAUUCCCUUGGGAUAAGCAGUGGAUCAGUUUGGAACUUUUUAGAUUUUGCCACAUCUAAUGGAACUUUUUAGAUUUUGCCACAUCUAAUGGGCAUGACCUGUGUCUAGAAAAAAUGCUCUAGUUGCAAAUGUCAUCACAGAAAGAAGUUUGAUUUCAAAGAGAAUGGAAUGGAUGUAUAUUGCUUGAAGGUUGAUGUGAUUUAAAAUUUCAGGGACUAUCAUAGCCCUACAUUCCUGCUUAUAUGAGAUAGAAAGAAUUCAACAUUUGAUA